AUGCCGGCGUUCUUCUCCAGGGUCUUUUCGAGAGGAAAGGACAAGGAGAAAGAGAAGGGCAAAGAUGGUCUGAAGGAGCCAUCGGAGCCAACGUCGAAGCAGGGCAAACGAACCUCACGAGCCUCUGCUCAUUCUCUGCUUGAGGGCAAGUUCGAGGCCGUAUCUCCCUCUGUAUCACCUACCGUUGAAAGGUACGAGGAGAAAGAGCAGCUGCCAAAGAAAGACAAGGAGAAGGAGAGGAUUGGCCUGUUCCGCCCCAAGUCGCGCACUACGUCCGGAAAUGACGCCUCGAAGAAGCAGGAAGAAGUGCCCCGACUAACUCUGGAUCUAAAUCUCGCAAGCACAAAGAAUGACUCGCAGAAGCGGGACUUGAGCAUCGUGUACGAAGGAGGUCCGAUCCUCGAUGACGCAGUUAUCGGAGAGAAGCGACUGAGUCCGGCAGAGGCCCUCAAGCUGAUGCGUGCAUGCAUUGCUGUUCUAACCAGUCGUGGCCUUGAGACUUUGGGUGUCAUGCACCCGCAUUGGCACUCUGCGUCACCUGCUACCCAGCGCAGAAUUAUUUCACUCUUUCUUUCUUCUCUAGCACCUUCGGACACUACGACGCCUGCAAGUCCUUCUUCAAGCUUCGACUCUGAACUUGAAUAUGUUCGAUCUCCACAUGAUGUUGCUGCCGUCUUCCGCUGGGCAUUGCGACACGUCAAACUUGAGGGUGACACGUUUGACAAGGAUAACACUCCAUCUCUUGCGUGGUAUAAUACUUUCACGGAAAAGGAAAAGAAAGCGGAUUACCCUCGGACUGCCUACUCUGACCUUCUGUUGCCCGUCGUAAAGCCAUCACACGCAGAAUUAUUGGGUGCCACUCUAAAUCUCAUAUCCCGCUUGGCAAGUCAUUCGGAGGCCAAUGGCACGUCAGGUAGCAAGCUGUCUAUGUUCUUUGGUCACUAUCUCCUUACGGGAAAUCGCGUUGAGAACUUAGAGGACUGGGUUGCGUUUUAUUCCCUUUGGGAACAGGCCGGACGAGCACUGGAACACAUCUUUCUGUCUUCACUUCGUGAUGAGGAAGCAAAAAUUGGAAUUCCAAGGCGUCUCUCAGAGCUCGUGGUGAACUAUCCGUAUGCCAAAGAUGCGACAGACAGUCAUUUCCCUCGACCACCGCGUUUUGCAACUCGAAGUUAUGACGCGAUUUACGUUCUCGUCACGACCGAAUCUGCGCCAAGUAGACGGCCCAAUGAGGAAGUCUAUUCGCCUCUUCAGAUGGUUGAGAACGCACUGAAGUCAGAUGUCUCGGGUCUUUCGGUUGAUGCGGAGCUUUCUACCGUCUGGGAAGACGUUAGGAAAUUCAGUGGGUUGUUGGAAUCUGCCGAUGGCAAGAAUGCUCCUUUGGAGAAGAGCCUUGGAAGUGUACUAUCUGAUGAUUCUAUACGGAUACUGUCGCUCAAGUCAAAUGGCGUUGACAAAAGCACUCCGACAGUCAACACGUUCACACCAGUACCGGAACACGACGCUUUGUUUGGAACUCCGGUAGCAAAUGGCCGGCCGAAGGCUGCUAAUGGCUCUAAGUCCGUCUCGAGGCAGACAUCCGAGGCAACUGCAUCAAGCCCCGUUGUGACGGAUUGGAACGCUUUCUCCUCCGCAGGUUUUGGUGAAUCAGGUCCUGGACAAAGCCUUGCCGCUACGCUUCUUGAUAGCGAUCUCGAGAAGACGGAUCCUCCGCCGCCACCUCCGCGCCAUCUGAGGAAGAGCCGUUCCCCAACACGUGCUGCACGUCCAGAGGCUGUAGAGUUACCUCCGUCGCCUACUGGAGUGCCUAUUCGCUUCAAGACUGCAGCUGUUUCGUUGACCAAGAUCGACGAAUCGUUCAUUGACUUUUGGAGUGAUGCCUUACUCGAUCCUGUCUCGAACACUUGGCCGACAUUUAUUGUAUGCCAGUUGAAGCAGGACGCAGAACGAGUGCUGAACGGCAAGAAGGUCGCGUGGCUUGUCAUCGAGCAAAAGUUCGUUCCACCUCCUCCGACAGAGCCACCCUCUCCUGCUCGACGAGCAGGAUCCCCGCGUCCGAGUCUGCGCAGUGAGGGCGAGAACCGCCCUGGAAUUGUAAGCCGCGUGACCGCGACGUUCUCUUCGAGAAAACGGUUCAACCUCUUUGGGAGCCAGUCUCCGCCUCAGUCAGCGGUUCCUAGUGUCGAGAAGAGGGAGAGUAAGUCGCUUGCAAAGGGAACGAAAGUGAAUGAGCUUGGUGAAAUUAUUCCGGAAGAGAAGGAAGUUAGUGUGACGCCUAAAGCGGAGGAACCAAAGGCAUCUGAGGCGAAGGCGGCGACGGAAGGUGAGAAGCCCAAGGACGAAGUGCCUCAAGUACCAGAGAAGGAUGCCGACAAAUCAGAUGCUGUCGUUGCCGGGGCUGCUGCUGUUGCAGUUGGCGCUGGAGCAUUGGCGGUUGCAGCUGAUGCCCUUUCACCAGAAGGGAAGGAACCUGAAGCUCCUGUUCAGAAAGACGCAAUAGAAGAGCUUGCCAAAGAUGAGCUCGUCAAGGCACCAGUCUUGGAAGCUGAAUCUAAGCCUGAGAUAACACCAUCACUCGAGAAGACAGCCGUUGAGGAACCUGCUCCACCCGAACCAGAACCCACACAGGUCGAGCCUGUUCAAGUCGCUGAACCUCCUGCGCCUGCUCAAACGGAAGUCGUGCACGAUGAAUCUGUUCAAGCUGCACAACCUGAAGUUCAUGGAUCUGGAGCGCCUACCGCAGAUGUAGCACCGCCCACUUCAGCACCUACUGAAGAAGUCGCUCCUCCACAGGAAAUAGCUAAACCCAUCAAGGUCGAGGAGCCGACAACGUCCAUAGCGACAGAAGAAACUGUAUCUAUUCCGAACCAUGCCGCAGGCGAGUCUAGGUUUGUCGAGCAUUUAGAGGUGACACCCAUUGACGACAAGCCAACAGAACUUGAGCCGAUUGCGGAACAUGCCGUACCUGAACAGCCUGUGAGUGCCGUACAUGGUGUGCCAGAAACUAUUGUCGAAGAGGAUGCGGAGCAUGACGCGGAUGAGACGGUCGCGCCAGUGGAGAAGGAAGUGCCUGAGGUUUCGGAUUCUGCUACGCCUGAGGCAGGGGUGAAGCCCCCGACAGAGGAGCCUUCGGUUCCAGCUCCUGCCGCCGAACAGCCAGAAGUAUCUGAUGUCAAAGAUGUUUCUGUACCGGCAGUUGAAGUCGUCGAAGAGCAUGAACCCCAGGUCGCGGAGGAAAGCAAGGAGGCUGUCGCUCCAGCGGUGGAAAAACCAACUACUGAAUCUGCGGAGGCUGCACCAAUCCCUGUCAAUGAGAAAGUGUCCACACCGAUCAUCGAGGAAGAUGCAGGUCCUGUUCCCGAGGACCCUGUUGGUCCUGUGUCGACUGAGCCAGCUCCUUCCGCUCAUGCUGAAGAGCCUGCAGUUCCAGUCGUUGAGGAGCACAACGAUGCACCAGCUGAGACCGGUAACGCUGAAGACCAUGUUGAUGAGCAUAUCCCUGAACCAGCAAAGGAGCACGAAGCACCUGCUUUACUCAAGGAGCCUGCACCGAUCACUGCAGAUACGAAGACGUCCACACCGAUUAUUGAGGAAGAUGCAGCUCCUGUUCCAGAGCCCAAAGAGCCUGUCGUUCCUGCAGCUACCGAGCCGCUUCUUUCCGCUGAAGUUGAAGAGUCUGCAGCUCCAGUUGUCGAGGAGUCUGACGAUACAGCACCUGUGGUCGAGAAUGCUGAGAACCAUGUUGACGAGCAUGUGCAUGAAUCAGUCAAGGAGUAUGAAGCACCUGCAACUGAAGAACCACUCGCAGCACCAUCCGAAGAGGCAGCACAUGAGGAAGCCUCUGUGCCUGUUCAUCCGGCGUCAGACUCUUCACCCUUAGUUGAGACGGAGGAAGUCGACAAACCGACUGUUUCUGUUUCUGAGAACUCAGAAGCAAAGCUACCGGAAUCUGUUCAACCAGAAAUUAAGCAGCCCAUCGAAGCGAAGUCUGACGUACCUCAUUCAAAUAUUCCUACGGCAAGCAAAUCUUCUGAAGAGAAGGUUGAGGAAUCGAACGGGAAGCUGGUAGAGAAGUCGCCGGAGGUUGCUUCGUCAUAA